GUAAGUCCUGCCCACAUUCUUACUGAGAGGGCUGGGAGAGAAGGACAGCGAGAGAGAGAGAGAGGAAGGACAGCGGGAGAGAGGAAGAGAGAGAAAGGAGAGUGGAGAGGGGGAGGGAGUCUCUGUUCCAGCUGCGCUCACGGAGGAAGCGGAAAAGACGACUAUCUUCAAGUUUCGACCGCCUGGGGCUGAGGAGCAAACACACACACACACACACACACACACACACACUGUGUCUGCCUCUCCGAUCGACAGCCGACGUCUCUCCGUCGUCCGUGCCACUCCCCAGAGCGAGAAAGACAGAGAGGGGAGAACACAAGGAGUGACAGAGAGACGCUCAGAAGAGGGAGAGAGAAACAAAGGGAGCGACGCUGGGAAAGGAAGAGAAAGAGAGAGACGCUGAAAGAAAGAGGAAGAGAGAGAAAGAGAGACCCUGAGAGAGAGACUGAAGAAGAGAGAAAGACUGUUGGGGGAGUGCUGUUGGGACCGAGCAGCGAGUGUGUGUUUGUGUUUGUGUGUGUGUGUGUGUGUGUUUGUGUGUGUGUGUGUGUGUGUGUGUUUGUGUGUGUGUGUGUGUGUGUGUACAGGAUGGCCCCCCAGGCUGACAUGCCAGGCGGAAACGACAUUCUGGGACGCGUGAGGAGUGUGGGAGGGGUGCUGCGUGUACUCCAGCUGUUGGUCGGUGCCGGGGUCUGGGUAACCAUCGCAGCCAACCGGUACGAGGGCGCCAUCCAUUUUGCCCUGCUGAUCUCCGUGCUCUUCUGGCUCCUGACGUUGGCAUCGUUCGCGAUAACCGUGCUGGACAAGCAAGACCUGGUGCCGCUGAUCGGUGGGCAGCGCUGGUCGCUAAGCAACCUGGUGCACGACGUCGUGGCGACGGCGCUGUACGCGCCGGUCAUCGGGAUCAUGGCCUACAAGAUGCAGAAGAACGCCUACUGCAACCUGGAGCAGUACAAGCAUGCCUGCUUCUACAAGGUCUACCUCACCGCCACCGUGUUCGCCGGCCUCACAACGCUCGCGUACCUCCUCUCCGCCACAUACCGGGUCGUGCAGAAGUGCCGUGGACAAACACCCCCCGCCUGAGCACUGGGUGGGGGGCAUGGGGGUCGGCUUUUAACUCUUACACUUACAGGAUCAAGACUGAAGAAUGCGAGAAUGAGAGGGGAAGAGAGGGAGGGGUGAGGAGGGAGGGAUGGGGCUUCUGUGGACUGGAGUAGAGGAAGAGAGGGAGGGAUGGGGCUUUUGUAGACUGGAGGAGAGGAAGAUAGGAGGAGAAGAAGAGAGGGAAGGCUUUUCUGUUGUGUCUAAGGUCUGUCUCAGGCUGCAGGUUUUACAUUUCUGCUAUUUCUCUAAUUUAAUGUCCAAUGUGGGAUUCAGCACGGUACAACAGAGUUUAUACUUGUGUGUGUGUGUGUGUGUGUGUGUGUGUGUGUGUGUGUGUGUGUGUGUGUGUGUGUGUGUGUGUGUGUGUGUGUGCACGUGUGUGUGCGUGUGUGUUUUCUCUAAUGUUUGUGUAUGGAGCAAUCACACUUUAAUAAACUUACUGCUACAGAACACCAAACAAA